AGCUAUAUCCGAUAUCCGUUUCCCCACAGUGAUACUACGAUCAAUAAAGUAUGAGUGUACAGUGUAGUUCACUUCAACCAUGAUAUUCGUAGUUGUUUUGAUAAUUUUGUGUAACCAGAGUGUCGCAUCAUCAAAAUGCAACAGAUCUUGUCCGCCAGAUAAACCUUACUGCAAUGAUGUUGUUGGGUGUAUCUUUGAAUGUCCAGAACCAUUUUACAUCAGUGGCAAUAAUUGCGUCUCGGACUGUGGUGAAAUGUUUGUUGAUGAACAUAGAAAUUGUAUCGGUUCUUGUCCGGAAAAUACAUUUUAUAAAGAAACUCUCAAACAAAGUAUGUCCAUGGCGUAUUUAGAAAGAAAAUGUGUCAGAUGCGACAAGUUCGAUGACAUCGUUUCCAAUGCAUCAUGUGUUAAAGCGUGUCCUUCUGACUCAAGGUACAUCGAUAAACAAAACUGCGUUUCGGAAUGUCCAAACGACCGACCUUAUAGGAUGAAUACCACUAUCUUUGGUUUGCUUCAUCAUAAAUGCGUCGGAAAAUGUCCACGUAUGGAAGAUGACGGAUUCUGUCGAACCAGCUGUCCCCAAAAUAAAAUGGCAUUUAAUUCUACUUGUUAUGAACAAUGUCCAUCGUUAAGUCCUUUCAUUUUUUCAAAAACUUGUCUAUCAAAAUGUCCAGAUGAUGCUCCUGCUGCUGGGUUAGACAAUAAAACAUGUGUACAUCAAAAAUGUCCAGAUGAAAGGCAAUUUGUUGUUAACAGCACAUGCAUUGAUAAAUGCCCGAGCGAACUUCAAUUUAUUUUUUCCACCUACGAUGGUAAUAGCGGUUUCAAAUACUGUGUAGAAGAUUGUGGGGAUAAAUACAAGUUCGGUGAUCAGUGUGUUGACAGCUGUCCCCAAAAUAAAAUGGCAUUUAAUUCUACUUGUUAUGAACAAUGUCCAUCGUUACGUCCUUUCAUUUUUUCAAUAACCUGUCUAUCAAAAUGCCCAGAUGAUGCUCCUGCUGCUGGGUUAGACAAUAAAACAUGUGUACAUCAAAAAUGUCCAGAUGAAAGACCUGUUGUUGUUAACAGCACAUGCGUUGAUAAAUGCCCGAGCGAACUUCAUUUUAUUUUUUCCACCUACGAUGGUAAUAGCGGUUUCAAAUACUGUGUAGAAAAUUGUGGGGAUAAAUACAAGUUCGGUGAUCAGUGUGUUGACACUUGUCCUUUAAGUACUAAAGCAGUUAAUAAUACGUGUCUUGAAAAGUGCCCUAAGAAUAAGUCUUACUCGUGUAUGAUUAAAAAGGGAUUUCAAUGUGGAGAAAAGCCGGAGCAAAAUGUUGACCAUACGAUAUGUGUUGAUGUCUGUCCUUUGUCAAUGUUAAGUUGGAAUAAAACUUGCGUAAGUUCCUGCCCAAGUGGAGUUCCAUUAUUUGGAAGAGAAUGCACUGAAAAAUGUCCAGAAGGUUAUCCGUAUAAACAAAAUAUUACAAAAACUACAGAUUGCAUCUUCGGAUGGUGUGACAAAGUUGAAAGUGUUUUAACAUGUAUCAAAAUAUGUCCAUCGGAAAGUUACAUAUCAAACUAUUCUUGUCUGUCUUACUGCCCUUCGUCUUUAAUUCUGAAAGGAAGAGACUGUGUAUUAAAGUGUCCUGUAUCAAAACCAAUAAUACAAAAUGUAACAAUUACCUUACAUGACUGGUCGUAUCAUGACCGAACCCAGUAUCUUUACAGACAUUACAGUAAAAAGGAAUCAAAGAAAAUAAUACAGAAAUGUGUCGCUGUCUGUGACAAAGGAAUGGUGCAUUUUAAUUCGACAUGUGUCGCAUUAUGUCCAGACGAUUAUCCAGUAAUUCAUAAUGGAACAUGUUCACAGCAUAAGUGCGCCACGAAAUACUCCGAGAAUAUUUCAACCGGAAUUAUUUGUAUCGAUGAAUGCAAACCUCGCCAGUUUGUUUGGAACAAAACAUGUGUUGACACUUGUCCGGACAUUAACUUACAUUUUAAUGGAACUUGCGUAGAACAAUGUCCACGAGGCCAUAGCUAUAUUGGCAUUUCUGUGAGAGUAGAAACAUGCCAAGACGAUUAUUAUUGCUCAGGCAAUAUCAUAAUGAACAAUUGUAUUGCAAAAUGUCCUGAUGGAUCUUUUGAAUACAAUGGAACGUGUGUAAGUUUUUGUAACCCACCUCUUUUCACUUUUGAAAGUAAAUGUGUUGCUUCAUGUCCAGAAGGUGCACCGUAUCCUGAAACAUCGUCAAUAUCAAUAACCUCUUGGACAUGGAGCUAUGAUGGUAUACAUAUUAGGAAAAAUAAUGCUGUUAAAAAAAUUAUAAAAUGUAGAGAAAAUUGCCCAAAUGAUAAAGUGCUAUUAGGUACUAAAUGCAUAGACAUGUGUCCCUUGCGUGCACGGUAUGUGAUAAAUGGAUCAUGUACGAGUGAUAACUGCAAAACAAGGUACAAAUUAUACACAUUACCCGGCAUUAAGUGCUUUGACGAGUGCCCUCACGGGUUAUUCAUUCAUAAUAACUCUUGUGUUUUACAGUGUCCAGAAGAUCUGUAUGUAUUAGCUCGGAAUUGCAUAUCUGUUUGCCCUUCAACUCACCUUAUAGUCAACAAUAAAAUCAUUGGAAAGGAACAAUAUAAUUGUACUAAUACACUCUGUGCGAAAGGACUAAUUAACGUGAAGGAAUGUCGUGAAAAAUGUCCCGAAAACAAAUUUCUUUUUAACAAAAGAUGUCAAGACAUUUGUUUAAAUAACACAUUGAUAUAUAAAAAUACCUGCGUUCAAACUUGCCCAACGUCUCAUACGUAUACCGAACCGGUGAACAUAUCGAUUCUGAAGUGGAAAUCGGAUUAUUCAAAAAACUGGUAUCUCACAUCUGAGAAACGUGAUGGAAACAUGUGUGUUUCAAAGUGUUCAAAUAAAUACCCGUUACAGAUUAAUAACUUUUGUGUAAAUAAAUGUACAGACGAAGGUCCAUAUUCCUUGGAUAAUAAAUGUGUUGAGAAUUGUCCAGAAAAUAAAUUAACUGAUAUCAAAACGAAACAGUGUGUGGAUAACUGUGCAAACGAUAGGGGAUAUUUGAAUAAAUCCUGCCAUUACAACUGUCCAGAAAAGUUUAGAUACAUUUUUGAUUCAAGAUGUGUUUCAAAAUGUCCAUCCUCAGAUCCAGUAGCUUUGAAAGAGGAAAGAUUUAUAUGUCGAAAAUCAUGUGACGGUUCCAAAGUAUUUAAAGACGGGGAAUGUAUAUAUAAUUUUGAAUGUAAGGAUCCAAUGUUUGCAUUCGAUGGACUAUGCAUUCAUAGAUGCCCCGAAGGUUUUGUAUGGUUUGACAACUGCAAGAAUACAAUGCCGGCAAAGACUGCUAUUCCGGUACUAGUCGUACUACUGGCACUACUAUUUGCUGCCAGUCGUCAGAGUCUCAUUGACUUCGUGUACGUUCUGAGGCUAUUAUUCGUCUCAAAGGAAAUGAUAAAGAAAAAGGAGGAACAACUGAAACAACCUCGUUCGAGAAAUAAAAAUGAAACAACUGAAAGAGACGAUGAAAUUCCACUUCAAGAUUUUUUUCUCCACACUGAAAAUUAUAUCAAUUAAGAAAUAAAUGCAACGUGGAAAUACCGAAAAAUUGAAAUCAAGAGAAUAUCUUGUACUUUUGAUGCUGAAUGAACAAACAUAUCUUUACUGUGUUAACAAAAAAGAUUAGAAGGAAAUGUGCUGAAAAUGAAGAUAGGUUUCGUUCAUUAUCAAACUUAAUGAUCAAAGAAAUAACGAUAUUUUACAGUACAAUUCAGCAAAGUGCUACUAUAAUUCGUUUUGCAAGCAUUUACCAUAUUCAAUACGACCCAGUGCAUUAUUCGUCAUUCUUCAGCUAAUCUCUUAUAUUUACUAUUAUCAUAAAUCAGUCAUUGUUUGUAUUACUCAAGAAGUUUAUUUUGCAAGUACAAUGCAUUCUGAAUUAUAAUGUUUAUUUCUGCUG